AUUUUCUCAAAUUAAUUUUAAAGAAUGGUAAUUCUCGGUUUGAUUUAUUUAAAAUGCAAUCUUUCAUGAUGUUGUUUCGAAGUCCUAAGCCAGUUUUCAAGAGCAGCCCUUUGGGUUUCAACUUAGUUCCGCCAUCUCUAUGCCAAGCGAAAAGGAUGAUUGGCAAGGAGCAUUAAUUCUGUUUAAGGCAAGUGAAAAGCCGUAUAUCUUCUUGACAUUUCGCGUUUUGAUAGCAAUGAGUUUCAGCUAUGUCAAUAACAAUGUGGCUCUUUUUAUUGUAUAAGAUACGCCUUCUCUAACAUUUAGUCCAGAAUGGCACAAACCAUAUAUUCAGUCUAGCUGUUUCCUCUCGAUCUGUUCAUUAGAACUGCCGAUGCCAAUGCCGAUACCGAUACCCUACUUGACAUACAGUAAAUGGUAUCUUGGUUCAAAGACCAUUGACGUUAGGGCUGAGAUUUAGGCAGACUCUGUAUAGUUAGCUAUCCUUCUAUCGAUUCCUAUUUUUGUUUAAGAUAGUUUGUUUAAGACCUGCCCUCAAGGUCGCAUUGAAAAUAUUGGAAUAAUCCAAAUCAUCCCAUAAGUAACCUCGAGAACAGACUCAAAGCUGAGCCUAUUUUUCUCUUAAAGUAUGCGACCAUCUGCUUUCUAUAUGGGAAGCGACAUUGACGACAAGAGACAGUGAAGUGGCUUAAGUCAUCUCAAUUUUGGCCAAUCAUUAGGCGUGUGAGUUGUCUUACGCUUAUUGAUUGGCCAAUUUCUGAAUGACAGAUGGCUUAAGUCACUUUUGUAUCAGUCGAUUGCCUUGAGGUGUUUUGCAAGAAUUUCACUACCUUCUCUUCACAAACGCGUUCUCUAUUUGACAGUAAAAUUUUUGCUCGAUCGUUACUAUAGUUGUAACCUUAAUAACAGGAAUUGGGUUUUCAUAAUAAAAAGAUAUGGUUCUGAAGUGAAACAAGUUAUGUUUUCAUAAGAACCAGUAAAUUGUUAUUUUUUCGAAAAUCUGAGACUGGAUUGUUCUUAAUUUGUUCUUGGUUUAAUAGGCUGUAGGCACUGCGAUUGCCAGCUUUUCGCUCUAGGGAAGUGUUCAGGGCUUAUUUGCCAACAAUGUGAAUCAGCCAACUUUCAUUUGCCGGCAAUUUUGAAUAUUCACCCAAAAAGUACCCACAUGUGGCUAAAAACCUUCUUUUUGAGAUGAAAUUGUUCAAAAUUGCAUUUUACAGUAGCUCAGCCUCAAUUUGUUCUUAAUUUGUUUUUACCUUUCGACCAAUUUUUAAGGCUCGCGUUCUUAUAAAAUUGUUCUUACGAAAAAAGAUUGUUCAGAUGCUCGUGUGCCACGCCGAAGCUUACGAAAUUUUUCGUCUUUUUUUAUUUCUCUCAAAUAACGCAAUUGUGUGAUAAAAACAGGCACAGAGGGGAACUUAAGUGGGAAUGAGGAAUAUAAGAGAAAGGUGUGUUGGGUAUUAUACACACAAAAAAAUUUCCAAUGCCAUUCAGUGCAAAUGAAGAAAUAGGUGGCACUGAAAAUCUCUAAUUGGGAAUCGCGUCUUAGUCAUUAUGUUAGAAACUUUCUAAGACGGAACCUUGUUUCGAUCAUAUAAUAAAACAAUCACGCAAUUUUAUUGCUAUGAAGGUCUCGAAGGCUAAUUUGCUAUAGAAAUCUCGAAGGGGGGGACUAUUUUGCAAAAAUACAUUUUGGGGUGGAGUCUUUUUUCAGGAGGGGGGGCUUAUUCAAAGAGGGGGGCUUAAUUAGCAGCAGUCAAGUAUAUUACAAGGGGUAAAUUUUCCUCCUCUAUUCAAGGCUGGUCAGUUUGCUUUAAAAUGCAGAUAUAAACAUAUUGAUAAGAUAUAAACCAUGUUUAUUUUAUUUCAUCAGUUUUAAUAAUUCUUUUGCAGAUGGCUUUGAAUCUUCAGAAGGAAGAGGAAAGAUAUGAACUUUUUCCAUUCCUAGUCUACCUCCAGCUACAGAAGGAGCUCUGCUUUCAAGACCUGCAAAUUUCGGUUAAAAAGCUCUCUGAAACUUUAGAAAAUGUUUUUAGAACAACUGAAAUGGGCAAAGAAGGUAGGGGCUUGUUUUUUAUCUCUAUGUAUUUGGCUGUUUUUUGCCUCCUGAAAUGUUUAGCCUAUUAUCUCCUGCAAACAAUCUUGAACCCUAAAUGCAAAAAUAUUUGGUACGACCAUCGGUUUUGUCUUGGAUGUGGUUCUAUAAGUUUCCUUCAGCACAGCUGCCUUCCUUAUUUUUUAGGAUGGCACCUCUCCUGCAUACAGUAACCCUACAUUUACUUCUACACUACACUCUCAAUAGACAGCACAUUCCAGAAGUUUUCUUUUGAAACAUUUUGUUCAUUUCAAUCAUUACUCUGAUAAAUUUUGCAUGUACUGUCUAUGUUUAUUAUUAUUAAUACAUUAAUUUAGUGUAUCUCUGAAUGAGAGUUCUGUUGACACCUGCCAUGAAAUUUUGCAUUUAAUAUAUUGAAUUUCCAGAAAAUUCAAGAAACACGAUACGAACUGUUACAGCAAACUGCCUAUAUUAUAUUGCUGGGUUUUUUUUAAGUAGUUCCAUAGAUUGGGGCUGUAUUUUCUCGACUCAAUGCUUCGUGGUUAUAAGCUAUUUGUAUGUUAAUCUUAAUGAAGAUUUCUGUUUACCAAUCUGUCAUAAAACGAUCAAUUUCAUAUAGGUAGUAAGAGCUUCUAGCAGUAUGGCUUUAAGUUACUUCUUAAAACCUUAGAUCAAUUUUAGAACUGUCCUGUGAGCAUUUUGGAGCAGCGUGUAUCUAAAUCCUGCUUUUUUCUCUAAUGCCUUGCUGCAUAAUCGAUUUGGACCAUGUGUCAUAACCUCCCAAUCCGUUGCUGCGAAGCAGCUUUAAUUGAUCUUGCGUAUUGCAAUUAUGACGUCAGAUAAAUCAUUCGUCUGGUAUUUGAUCGCAUACAUAGCAAAUCUCCUCAAAUUCGUUUCUUGUUCGAUUACAGAGAGGUGUAUUCGUGAGUUUUUUCGGAAAAUCGUUCGUGCCCACUAGAGCAUAUCUAGUAUUUUUUCAAUUUCGCGCUAGAAAAAUUAUCUCUAGUGUAAUUGACGCCAUGAGGCGCUCAAGUCGCGAAGAGGAACUAGUUCCUAUGCGGAGCAUUGAAGCCGAAGAAGGCAGACGCCUGCCAUCUUCUUCUUCUUUAAGUUUCUCCAGCCAGAAAGACAUUCGAAGAAAGAAGUCUGUUCGCUUUUGUGAUUCAGUAUCCAAACUUGACGAUCUGCAGGGGAUAAUGCAGAAAUUCCAGCACGUUUUGGGUGAUAUCAAAUGGCUGGAAUCGACUCUCGAGUCUUUAGAAGCACCUCUGCGUGCCAAUGGAUCUGGCACUGAAAAGCUGCUUUUGGAAUCUAUGGUUGAUGUCAGGAAGCUGGAGCAGGCUAUUGCCAAGAAAAGUGAUGAAGCUGUUUGGGAGAAUAUUCGCAAUGAAGAUAUGACAAUGCGUUGCGAUGACACCGAGUUGAUGGGAAAUCUAAAACCUUUGAUCAGCUCCUUCACUAUGGAAAGCUUCGAAGCAUACCUGCGUGAGAUGGAACAUAGAAGAGAGCGGUUGAUAGCAAGCGUGAGUAAGCUCGAGCUCAUUUUAUUGGAAGACAAGGAGCUAAGAGAAUUUGCUGCAAGACGCUCUUCAGGGGCUGAAAAGCAGGUUGCCAGCCAGAGGUUGAGAGAGGAGAAGGACACUGCCGUUGCUAGUCAUGAUUUGUCUUCGAAGUCAAGCAGUGAAGAGUGGAUAUGUAGCAAUGAUGCCUGUAACCAAAGUCAAGAGCCAAGUGGGAAACUGUCUACAAAUGGCAGUGAUGCACUAAUGGGAGAGAGUCACAAAAUGGAAGCUGGAAAUGCCCCUGAAGAUGGCCAGAAACAGGUUCUAAUGGAAGUGACAAAAGCCCGGGAGAUGCAAGCCGAAAGCAAGAUGCCAGCCCAAGAUUUUGAGUUGCAGCAAAGCAUGAAAAGAAAACUGGUGCUGGAACUGAAAGAGGUGCUUGGAGACAUAUUCUAUUUGGAAGCCAGGCAGACCAAAUUGGAAGUUCCAUACCUAAGAAAGGUUUUUCCAUCGAAGGAAUCACUUGUCGAGUCACUUCUUCUGCUAAAGAUACGCGCCCAGAUACGUCUGCGGAGAAAAGAGAAAGCUCUGAUGCAAAAGUUGAUUCGUGAAGAAAAGGAGAAAACCCUAUGCCAAGAUGUUUCCCCCUCUGCCAAUAAAGGAGUGAGAUAUCUCCAGUUAGCCUAUAAAAGAAAGCUGGAGAGAAGAGAGUAUCUACGAAGAAGUGUCCGUAGAUUGGAACUCCACCAGUUGCCAUCAAAGCAAGCAGAGAUUUUGCCAACAUCUGAAAGCCAAGAGAAGGGCCUGCUUGAUAAUGAAAAGGCUAUGUCUGUGGAACCAGUAUGUGACCCAGGACAGUUGGCCAUGCCAGAUAGUUUGGAGACUGCGAAGAAUGGUGAAGAUCUACUAGAUAUCUCCGCAGUACCGAAAGGCGAAGAGAGUAAUCAAGAUGUACGCCUUCGUUCGACGGAUUUUGAAAGACUUGGUACUGCUCGUCAAGAGAGAAUGUCCCGCAGAAACCGCAAGGCCAACAGAAGUGACAAAGAUGGUGCACCUGUGGCUGUACAACGCUCUAAAAGUGAAAGCCUAUUCUCUGAUGCCCCUGUUGCAAGCUCUAGUGUCAUAAUGCCAUUUAAUGAUGCUCCAGAACGGGAACCACCGUGCUGUCAUGGACCAGAGUGUCUCUUGCAGUUUGGAGAUUUUGAUCCUAUCUGCACCAAGAAGGACCCUCUGCUGUUUGUGGGGGAAUUCAGGAUUCCUGCAGAAGACUGGGAUGCAGAAUGCAGUUUAUCCAAUGGUAACGCAGUCAGCAGUGCAUUGAUCCCUGAAGUUGGUGCAGAGAAUGGCCAUUCUGAUAAUGGUUAUGUUGCAGACAAGGACAAUGAUGCCAUCGCAGAGUCAGGGACUGUUAAUGGCACAACAGUUGCACCAGAAAGUACCAGUGUCCUUGAUGUUUCAAGGAAUGCUGCUGCAGGGACAGAUAUGGUAUGUGGCCAUGAUGUACAGGGUAAUGCUAGUGACACUGGUGCAUCAAAUGAAGUAGCCUGUGAAAAAGAAGUAAAAGCUGCCAAAUUGGAUUCGACAGGUUCUGUUGAUAUAGGUAAUGGAAGCAUCAAUUCUUGUGACAAUCAAAUGCCCAAACAACAAUUGUCUCCCGAUGCUGCAAACCAGGAAGCUGAAAUUAAUGGCCUAAACUCUGCUGAUGCGGAGUUGGCAGACCUGGAAGAUUGUGAGCUGCCAAGAAUUGCAAGCUGGGCUGAUCACGUAGAAGAGAAUGAAAUUUCCAACAACGAGCCACAUGUUUUGCCAGCAGUUCCAGACAAGGACAUCAACAAUCCUGAUUUGAAGCCACCUUAAUGUUAUGGCAAAGAUUUCAUGGCUGAUUCAUUCAAUUUUGAGGACAUUAUGAAUAGUCAUGAUUGCUGUAAUUAUUUAGUUAUGAUUUGUGUUAAUGUACAUUUUGAUCAGUUCAAAUUGACUCUAUUCUUCUGCAUUCUCUGCCAUUGUUUCCACUGGUAGGCUCAAUCACUCUAAUAAGAGUCUGAAUUUUAACCACGGAUUGUUGGUUUUCUCAAUUAUGCCUCAUCAAGUGGUUUAACAAAUGCACGAAGUUUACAUUUGGUUAUUACUUUCAUGUUCUAAGCUAGAUAUACCAGAGGGUGUUGCAAAAGGAAUUAGAAGUGCCAAAAAUUAACUUUCUUUCUAUAACUUGUAUUACUAAUAACAAAAAUAUGUGACAUUUCACAAAUUGAAUGUCUUGAUAUGCGUAAUGGCUACAGCUGACACGAGUUGAGAGCUGGUAGGGAUGGCACGUGCGUCAUAGCUACAUAAGGUUUUGUACACGACUAAUGGCACAAUCGAAUAAAUGGGCAGCAAGAAAUGGUUUCUGAUUUGGCUACCACAUGUUGUCAGGUUUUUCCACAAAAUCUUUAAGUGUCGCUAUUUUUUUUUAUAGUUUUGUACAGAACAUAACUUUUUUAGAAGAGGAAUAAAAGAGAAGGUGAACUUUUAUCAUUUAUUCUGAGUCAAGUGUCAUAAAUCACCCUUCUUGAAGAUUUUCUAGACUUAUCCUCUAUAAAAGACAUUUUAAGUACGAAACCUUUUUAGAAAGGUUGCUAUUCUGAUUCAGAACAAUGCAAGAAAUCCCUUUUUGAAGCUAUGAAAACAUUCCUCUCCAAAUGUCACACUUGGAUUAAGAUAGACAAUCAUGUUAUAUUUCUCGACAAAAUAGCAGUGUUGCCUUACAGGGGGCUUUUCCCCCCUUUUGACCCCCCACUAUCUGCGCUAAUGCUAAGAUCGGAUGAAACCACGAGAUCCAAAAUUCUAGAUGCAGCAAGUUUUCCUCAUGUAAAAAACAUCAUGUUUUUCAAAAAAAAAUUUGCUCGUCCAAUCUCUAAGCUAAAUUACAACUAAAGUCUGCUUUGCGUACAUUGUGUUCAAGAGGAAUAACUGAUGUUAAAUUUACGUGGACAAUUGUCAUAAAAGGUUUCCAACAUUCGGUUGUGAGCCUCUUAUAAUAAUAUUACAUUGCUUAAGUAUCUUAAUGCCUUAAUCAAAUGUAAACUUCUGAUACAUUUUCAAGAAAUGAAAUGAAAUGAAGAACGUAUCUUAUUCAAUAUAGGAUGUAAAUUUUAGUAUUGCAACUAAUUUGAUAUCUCAUAUUUUCGACCUUUAAACAGAUGCUCGUGUUCGACUGCUUUCGGAAGCAAAACAAAGUUGGCAAAAGGGAAUUUUAGCAAGGAUUUAACUAUAAAGAGUAGGAAGAAAUUUUUUAAACAAUUAUACUGACCUUCUUAUCGCCUUCACCAAUUUGGCUUUUAUCUUGUCAAAAAGAUCAAUAGGAAGGUUUUAGUGCUGUAAAUACGGGAUAGGAAGAUUCUCUGCACCCUUAUAUAUUGCUGAGCGAAACUCUUGAAUCUCAGACAAGCAGAAGCGGAGCAAGACGGUGUUUACUGAAGAGGAAUCAAGAUGAUCAGAUUUCUGUUAAUACUCGUUGUAGCGGUGGUGGUGUUCGAGGAAAGCAAAGUUGAAGGGCAAGGAUAUUUCCAAAGAUAUAGUGAUCUAUAUCUGCCAAAGCCCCAGGAUUCAAGCCAAGCAAAGCCAAGCCAUAACCAAAGGUCAAUUCUCUAUGAUGAUAGACAUCUUAACCUCAGGUACCGCGAGCCAAACCUGAAUCUUCCAAGAAUUCAAGAAACUAAGGAUUCGUCAAAACUUUCACACAUUUGCAGCCUCUGCCAACGGCCUUCCUUCACUGGGAGGUUCGGCUAUAGUAAGGAAAGGGGCUUCAGUUGGAAUGUUGGUGCGAAACUGAGGUUAGACAGAAAGCGACGAUCUGCAGAGGGCCAAAAUGCAGAAAAAGCAGAAAAUAUCUUGUCACAGCAACCAAAAGCAGAUGUUCCAACAGUGCCUCCAGUUGGUGGUGAAAGGAAAGUAAAGGUUGAGAAGCAAAGUGGUAUUUCCAAUCAAGAAAAACUGAUUCUCAAUAACCAAGAAACCUGCGACAAAUGUUUAGAAAUUCAGCCAUUGAAAGUCGACGAUAAAAUUGUAGAAAACAAAACAUUGGAGGAUAAUGACUUUGUCAUGGUUGUCAAGCAUAUCGAUACAAACCUAUCUGUGUUCAAACUGUUGUCGAUCAUGAAGUUUGAAGUUGUUGAUGUCUUGAAAAGUCCUAUCGAGAAAGUCAGUAAGGGCAGCCAAUUUACAAUCAGAGCCGAAAUGGCAGACUGUCCCUGCCUUUCUAUCCUCGACCUGGGGUACUAUGUUGUCACAGGCGUCAUUGACGAAAAAGGCAGACUCACUCUUUCAAAUGUUUUUAUGGAGUUUGAGGAGAAUUAAUGAACAUAUAACGUUCUUCUGUUUUCCUUGUAAAGUGCACUAGAACUUAUUUUAGAUUUGAGCCGAUGUACUUUUAUAUGCAGCAUUGAUAGAAGUCAUUUUUCUGUUUUUUGUCUCUCCAAGAUGAUCAUAGAAAUCUAAUUUAGUUCAAACGGUAAAUGCAAUUCUACAUAAGAAAAGAUCAAUAAGUUUGUAUUGAUCCUCUUUCUCUGGAAACAUUGUCCUUGCUCUUUUUCAUAAGAUACGGUGCGCGAGGCCUUGUUCUUAAGUUCCUCAUUUUUGAGCCUCAUAAUAAAGUUGUAGUUCCAAAAAUGCCUUAAUACUUCUUUA